UUCAUAGGAACCCUCUGAAGCCACCAGAGAGUUCCAUGCCGACUUGAAAUAGGCUUAGGGUUUUUGCUCCGAGCGUAAAAUCUCUCUGCAACUAGAAACGAACACUUGCAGGGGACUGACGCAGAGAUUCCGAGAUCAGAAUCAAUGGCGUCGAGGGUUUCAUUGAAGCUCAAACAAAAGGGAAAAGGAUCCAAGGGAUCGUCUUCAUCCUCUUCCUCGGACGAGAAAUCGAAGUUUGAGGUGGCGAAGGAGUGGACCAACUGGACAUUGAAGAAAGCUAAGGUCGCGACUCACUAUGGAUUUAUCCCUCUCGUCAUCGUCAUCGGCAUGAACUCCGAUCCUAAGCCUCAUCUCUUCCAGCUCUUCAGCCCCGUCUGAUCCUCCAAUUACAUCGCUAGAUAUGGCGGAUCGUGAUCUUCUCCGGUCUGGCUUCAUCUCCUUACGUAUGUAGUCUCAGAUUCGUCGAAUCUUCGUGAUGUUUUAGCCCUUGCUCCACUGGGUUAUGUCCCGUUUUCAAAUGUCCUCUCUAGGGUUUGAUACACUCUCUGGAUCAUUAGCUUGAUGCAUAUGUGAAACGGAAUUUUCGUUUUCCAUUCUCUUUGUGCUUUUUACACAAUCGAAUUUCUAGAUGAAAUUUCUGA